AGUUUAUAUCCUGAGCAUAACACUGUAUGGUCUUGGAAUAUCCCUUUGGGAAGUGGGGGUUGCUGUCGCCACUGUGUCCCCUCCAAGCUCCUUGUGCCCCCCUCAUCCUUGCUGCUGCAGCAGUCUGGGUAGCUGAGAAGUCCUUGAUUCAGUGUAAACACAGCUCAGCUACAGCUACAACAUCCGUGUGUUAUCAGCGGUAUUCUCACCCCAAAUCCAAAACACGCUGCACCAGCUCCUGGGAGGAAGAUUAACUCUGUCCCAGCCAAAAGCAGGACACGGGCCAAGGCCAGAAGUAGUCCCAGGAGGUCUCCCAGCCCUUCGUGCGGCCAGGAGAAAAUGGAGCCGGGCUCGCUGGUGGCCCGCGGGGGCUGCCUGAGACCCCUGUGCAGGAACUUCGCCCGUGGGUUCUGCCGCUGGGGCCAGAACUGCCGCUUCUCGCACGACAGAAAGUCAGCCCAGACCUGCAGGUACUUCCAGAGCGGGUUCUGCAGCUACGGAGAGAGGUGCAGCUACGAGCACAUCCAAGAGGAGCCAGUGCCGGUGGGGACCCGCUAUGGCCCCGUGCCCCCUGCUCCCCGCAGCUACUGGGGCUUGGAGCCUGCGCCCGUGGCCAUGGCCCGGGGCUGGGGGGGAGCCCGGCGCAGCUUGGCCCCCCCUGCCCCCAGCGUGACACACGUGGCCUUCAAGUUCCCAAGCGUGGAGGUUGAGGGGGAAAGGAAAGCCAAGGAGAAGAUCCCUGCACCCGAUGAUGUCCCUCGUGGGGCCGUCGGCGGAGAGGCUGUCCCUGCACGAGCUCGGGGGGCCUCAGGCUCCCAGGCGCGAGUGCUGGGACUGGAUCCCAACUCCUCUGACCCUGGGAAGGAGAUGGUGACAAGGACUGACCUCGCAGAGGUCCCCAAGGAGCCGGGUGCUGUGGCAGCACCGGUGUCCAGCGAGGCACUGAGGGCCCGCAGUGAGGCCGUGGUGUGCGGCAUCUGCAUGGACCGGGUGUACGAGAAGCCGCUUCCAGAGGAGCGGCUCUUCGGGAUCCUCCCCAACUGCAGCCACGCGUAUUGCCUGGGCUGCAUCCGCAAGUGGCGCCGCAGCCGUGACUUCCAGAGCACCGUCAUCAAGGCCUGCCCAGAAUGCCGCAUCACCUCCAGUUACUACAUCCCCCACAAAUACUGGGUCUCGGAGGGGGCUGAGAAGGAGAAGCUCAUCAAGACCUUCAAGGCACGGACAGGGAAAAUCAGGUGCAAGUUCUUUGCCCAGAACCGCGGGUGCUGCCCAUUCAAGUCAGACUGCAUCUACCUGCACGAGCUGCCCGCCCGCCAGCCACCACGGCGCAGGCAGCAGCACCCAAGGGUGCCCGUUGACCCUCCUUUGGAGAGCUCUGACGAGGAAGAUGAGGAGCUCUGUGUGCUGGAGUGGGCUCUCAGCCUGGCUGUGGUGGAAGCAGACUUCCGAUACUCCAGAUAUGGCCACGAGGUGCUCCUUGUGGAGUUCAGCGACUCUGACUAAAGCCGUGGGGUG